AUGGAUCAUUGGGUGCCUCCUUCUUCUUCCUUCUCUGGCGUGGAUGCGGCUUCUUCGAAUCCUCGCUGCCGCUUCGAUGAGGCGUGGAGAGCAUGCGGGAGGUCCGGCGCCGCGGCUGUGGUGGCGGCCUGGUGGGCUCUCGGCGCGCUGCUCACCUUGGUCUUCGCCGUCGUGGGUUCGGUAGUUGGGUUCUUCAUUGGUGCCUGCAUGGGGAUGUCCACCGAAAGUGGCAUGCUCCGGGGUGCCGGUGUGGGAGCACUCUCCGGCGGGGUCUUCUGCACCGAGGCCGUUGAAUCCUGCAUCGAGAUUUGGAGAUCCAAUGAAUCCGGAAAAUAUAGCAUUCUGUUUGUGCUUGACAUCAUCUCUAGCCUCUUCAGUGGACGAAUUGUUUGGGAGAAGGUCAGCCCGGCACUGCAGCGUGCAGUGCAAAGCCAGAUGAGUUCACUGAGUACACCAUUCAUCGACAACAGUGACCUUUUCGAGACCAGCGGUACGGAUGGCAUGUCAAGAGAUCUGAUCGACAAGAUCCCAGCGAUCAGGUUCAGCACCGCAACCGGUUCUGAUCAGGAAACUGAUGAGAGCUGCUGCUGUUCAGUGUGCCUUCAGGAUUUCGCGUCGCGGCAAUAUGUGAGAGCUUUGCCUCAGUGCCGGCACAUUUUCCAUGUGCCAUGCAUCGACAACUGGCUUCAGAGAAACGCGUCCUGCCCACUGUGCAGGUGUGGUGUUCAUAUAGUAGACCAUAUGCAUAUGUAA